AUGACUGAUUUGCUUUUGAUAGAACAGUUUACUACUGCUUAUACAUUUCUUAAUGAUCAUCCUGAAAUUAAUUUAUCUAAUGAAACAAAACUUAAAGCAAGUAACCUCUAUGGUCAUUAUAAAGUUGUAACAGUAGGCAAAAACGAUACAGCAAAACCAUCUUUAUGGGACCUUAGAGGAAGAGCUAAAUGGGAUGCAUGGAAAGAAGUUGAAAAUACUCCUGCAGAAGUUGCCAUGCAAAUAUAUAUUGAAACUCUAGAACAAGCAAACAUUGGUUGGAAUAGGCAUCGAUUGGAUGAUGAUGAUUAUACGGAUUAUGAGGAUGUCGAUAACGACAAGAGUAACUUAAGUACAGAACAAGAAAGAAUGACUUAUGUUUCUACAAUGUGCUAUGAAAUGGAAGAGGAAGAUCAUAAUAAAGAAGAUGAUAUUUUUUCAUAUACAAAGAAAGGUGAUAUUGCAGAGUUAAGUAAAAUUUUAGACUCAGAUAAAGUAGAUAUAAAUGCCAAAGAUGAUCAGGGAUUAGCGCUAUUACAUUGGGCAAGUGAUCAAGGUCAAUUAGAAGCUGUAAAAUUAUUGAUUGAAAGAGGAGCAGAUGUAAAUAUAUUGUCUGAUGUUGAAAAGGAAACACCUUUACAUCAUGCUUGUAUUUCUGAAAAUUUAGAUUGUGCUAGGUAUUUAUAUCAUCAUGGUGCAAAUUCACUUAUUAAAGAUGCUGAAGAAUCUAUUGCAUUUGAUUACUGUAAUAUUCAAUUUAAAGAAGAAGUUAUUAAAGAAUAA